AGCAAAAGGUUUGCGCUAGGAUGAUAAAGGAUGUGAAUAUAAAAUCAGUGACCGUUUAAUUUACGGAUCAUUCAGUCGGCAGAUAAUGAAGGUAUAGCAGCAGUAUCAUAAUUCAUACUCAAGUAAUAUUCAACCUCAGUUUACACAAAAAUGGGUAAAAAUAUCGAAAAGUACACACUACCCUACCAACUGUUUCUUUAUAACGAGGAACUACGUCGUCCAAGCCCCAGAAUAGUACGUCGCAUUAAAUCAAAAGUGGAGCUAACCGAAAAGUUAAUUAACGAAAACAUGAAAAAUCUCGACAAUUAUGAAGGCGCAGAUUUGAUGGUAAUAAAUCGACAGGUGGAUUUUAAGGAGGAAUUAACGGCGAAAAUUGAAUUGAUUAAGGAGUGUCACAAACGAACAAAAUCACAAAAAAUACAAAGCACUUGGUUAUAGAAGUAGGGUAUUACUUUGGUGAGAUGACUCGACAUAUUGUCUAAUUUUUAAAUUCCAGACGAACCGGUUUGGAUUCCUGCUUGCCAUUAAACUCCAAACAGCUCUUAUUUAAUUUGUUAUAUAGUUAAGAUUAAUUAAUUAUUAAAUAAUUAGUUCAUUUUGGGAUAUGGAAUAUUACUUCAUUAAUUUAAAAUAAUUUUGUGAUAGCAUUACAAGUUAAAGUUAUUUUAUUUAAAAAUAUAUACUAAGUUAACAAA